AUGUCUACGGAAUACAAGCCACGUCUUACCGAAUCCUUACAAGCAUCCUAUUUAAUACGUGAAGGCCACCCAGUUAAACUUUCAUGUCGAUUUGAUGCUUCUCCUACAGUUGAUAUUCAAUGGCUCAAAGAUGGAAUUCCGAUUGAUUUUGAAGCACUUGGUAUUUCAAGAGAUUUUAAGGUUGUAAAAGAAGUCGAUUAUACAGCAUUGUUAAUUAUGGAAGCAUUUCCAGAAGAUACUGGCUCAUAUACAGUUAUUAUUCGCAAUUCAUUUGGUGAAGCAUGUUCAUCUACACAGUUAAAUGUUGAAGAAUUUUUUUGUCGAACACCAGAAUCAGAAAUGUCUGAUACACCAUGUAAACCAGUUUUUGUUCAACCACUUCUUGAUACAACAAUAAAUGAAGGAGAAAAAUUAAAAUUACAUGCAGCAAUCAAUGCUCAUCCUGAACCUGAAAUUAUUUGGUAUCAUAAUAAUAUUCCAUUAAAAAAUUCUCGUGAUUUAACAAUGACGUUUGAUGGACAAUUAUGUAAAUUAAUAAAAGACCGAUCUGAAAAAGAAAAUGAUACUGGAACAUAUCGUAUAACAGCUGUUAAUUCAGUAGGACAAGCUGAAUCUAUUUGUCAAGUUACUAUACAAUCAAAUGAAACGAAAGCAUUUCGUGAACGUCUUCAAUCAACAUGUUCACCACCAGUUUUUACUCAAUCAUUACAAGAUAAAACAUUUCACGAAGGUGAAAAACUUGUUUUUCAAAUACAUGUUAAUGGACAACCAAAACCACAAGUUAUGUGGUACAAAGAUAAUCAACCACUGCGAAAUACACAUGAUCAUAAAAUUCGAACUGAAGAUGAUACUUGUAUACUUGAAAUACUGAAAUUAUCAAUGAAUGAUGCUGGCCUUUAUAUAGUUAAAGCAAUUAAUAAAGAAGGUGAAGCGAAAUGUUCAGCAAAAGUAACUAUUUUACCAAUAAAUAUUGUUCCUGAACCUAUGAUUAUUGAAUCAAAUGGUUAUGCACCUGAAUUUCUUCAAUUAUUUAAAGAUCAAAAAACAUCUAUUGGUUCAACAAUUAAAUUUGAAGCUCGAGUUACUGGUACAAAACCAAUAAACGUCUAUUGGCUAUAUAAUGGAGCACCAAUAGCUCUGUCAGGAAACAAUCGACGUUAUCAGCUAAAUGUUCUUAAUGAUACUUAUACAUUAAUUAUACAUAACGUACAUUACGAAGAUGUUGGCAAAUAUACUUUAAAUGCAGAAAAUUCUUGGGGAAAAGCAACUUGUACUGCGGAACUUUUUAUAUCUCCAAGUGUUUCAAUAUUUGGUAAGAAAUAA